CUUUCAUCCCACUGCAUCCCACCGCUCGAGUAACCCCCGAACGCGACCACAAUGAAUUACGGCUACGACAAUCAGUAUACAACCUCUUACGGCGCUCAUGGCGCCGCAGACGGUGGCGGCUUCGUGGCCGGAGAGCCGCAGAGUAGCCCUGCUGCUGGAAAAGGUUACGGGAAAGACACUGUCAGGCCGAUGACCAUCAAACAAAUUCUCGACGCAGAACAACCCCACCCAGACGCAGAUUUUCGGUGCGAUGGAGAGCCAUUCAGCCAGGUCACAUUUGUCGGCCAGAUCCGCAGUAUAAGCACGCAACCGACAAACAUCACCUACAAAAUCGACGACGGUACGGGUAUCAUCGAAGCGAAGCAAUGGAUUGACGGAGAGUCAAACAACGCAGAGAAGAUGGAUGUUGACUCAAAUAAACCCAAGCUGGUGGAAGAUGGCUAUUGUCGAGUAUGGGGGAGGUUAAAAGCAUUCAACAACAAGAGACAUGUUGGAGCACAUAUUAUUCGGCCUAUUACGGACUACAACGAGAUCAAUUACCACUUGCUCGAAGCAACAGCUGUACACCUGUUCUUCACGAGAGGACCACCUCCGAACGCACAGGCGAACGGACAGCAGAGAAAUGGGGCAGCGAAUGGAUUGACGGGCAACGGAAUGCGUCAGGAAUUUGCCGGAGAUGGGCAGCUGGCUCAAUGCUCACCACUGGCACGGAGAAUCUUUGCGACACUGAAGAACACACCGCAGAGCAAUGAAGGUUUGCAUGUGCAGAUGAUUGCCUCUGCGAUGAGCCUGUCAACAAGUGACGUGUACAAGGGCGCCGAAGAACUUGUGGCUGCCGGUAAGAUUUUCACGACCGUCGAUGAUAAUACCUGGGCAGUUCUGGAAGGGUGAAACGGGAAAAGACUGGAGUUUCACUGGCAUCGGGAUUGACAGGCUUGCAGCGGAGCAGAAAGGGUUAGCAACACAACGUUGUACGGUACAGUGAUAUGAGACAUGGCAAUUCAGGACAAAGGGUAGUAACCGAAGGAGUUCAUGACUGUGAGCCCUUUGCAUGAUCAAUGUACGAGUACAUGGGACAGCCAAGAGAGCCUAUGGGGAUAUUGCUUUCGAGUUCGGAGAGAUGGCCUUGAGGCAAUGGAGACGAUCAACUCCAAAUUGCAAAGCCCAUCACCGCCCCACGUAUCCACUGAGGACAUGCAUCUCUUACUUUACGGCUAAAUUCCAGCGGUUAAGGCUCUCAAUGUCUGGCGAGCUGGGUCCUCAACGGUAUGAGGCCGGUGGGCAACGCGACACCAACUGAUGCGACGUCAUUCUGUAAGUUGUUUUGAACGGCAAUGCCCGGGAUUCUUGAGGAUACAAUCAAUAUAAGCCCCGGGAACCACAAGCAUCUGCUUUCGGUGAAGGGCUUGAGGUUUCU